AUGAAUAUUUCAAAAGGAAAACCUUAAGCUCAAAAGACAGGUUCUAAUUUAAAAUAUUAAAAUUAGGUGCUCCUAAUUCUAGUAUGAAUUAUGGUAUGGGAAUGUCUGGUAUGGGAAUGUCAGGUAUGGGUAUGUCAGGUAUGGGUAUGUCUGGAAUGGGCAUGUCUAAUGGAAUUUAAAGUGGUAUGAAUAUGUCAGGAACUGGAGGGUUCUCAGGUAUCAGUAACUAACAAAAAUAAUUUGGAAUGUCAAGUAAUGUUUCAGGUAGUAUGGGAUUCUCAAAUAGCUCUGGUUUUAAAUAACCAUAAUAGCAAUAAAAUCAAAAAAACAAGUUUGGUUAGCAAUAAGGAAUGGUGGGAAUGAAUAGUGUUUAAUAUGGAAAUAUGGGUUAGAUGAAUUAAAUGUAAAUGGGAUAAAUGAAUUAAAUGUAAAUGUAAAUGGCAUAAAAUUAAAUGAAAAAAGGAAUGGGAUAGAUGGGAAUGGGAUAAAUGGGAAUGGGAUAAAUGGGAAUGGGAUAGAUGGGUAUGGGUAUGGGAAUGGGAGGUUAAAUUAAUUAUGAAGAUGAUGAAGACCAAGAAUCAGUGCUAUUAGAAGAAGAAAUAGAUGAACAUUAUAGACCUACUAACUAAGGUAUUAUUUUAACAUACGAAACCUUUUAGAAAUCAGAGAAUAUGCUUAUUUUUUAGGGAUGGAAUUACCUGAAGAUAAUGAUCUAUUAUAUAUAGCUAGAGAAGGAUUGAUGGCUCCAUUACCUGAAUCUUGGUAAAAAUAUAAAUAAAUUCAAGGAAACCAUAUUAAAAUAGAAAUAAGGAAAUUUCAUAUCUAAAUUUAGUCACAAAUUAAAGAUAAGAAGAGCAUCCUUGUGAUGAAUAUUAUAAAUAAAUGUUUUAGAAAGAAAAAUAAAAGAAAAUUGAGAAAAUGGCAAAAGAUCAAGCUAAAAUUGUUAAAGAAUAGCUACUUGGUAAAGAAAAAGAACCAGAAAUUGCUAGUAUAAAUUUAUUUUAUAAUUAAGUUUAACCUAUUGUUUAAUCUGAUGUUUUUAAUAAGGAUUAAGAUCCAUUAUUAAAAUAAACAUAAGAAAAGAAGUUAUAAUAAUAUAGAGAAUAAAAGAAGAAAGAAUUUGAGGAAUAAAAGAAGAAGAUUGAUAAAAAAAUUGAAUAAUAGAAAAAAGAAGCUGAUUAAGAAUAUGAAAAGUAAUUAGCUAAAUUAAAGGAAUCAAUAAAAGUUAAUUCUUCAAAAUAGAAAUAAGAAUUUGAAGAAAAGUUAAAAAAAUUAAAAGAAUAAGAGGAAGAAUAGAUGUUAGAAUUAGAAUAGUAUGAAAGGGUUUCAAGAGCCAGUUUAGAAAAGACUCUUUAAUCGAGAUUAGAAAUUGAGAAAAAAAAUUUAAAAUAAUUAGAAGAGAAAUAAAUGGAAAAGAUUGAUGAAGAAUAUGAGGAAUAAUUUAAGAAUUAAAAAAAAGAUAUUGAAACAAAAUAUGAAAAAGAAUAUUAAUCAUUAGUUGAAUAAGAGAAAUAAUUAAGAUUUGAAACAACUAAUACUGUUUAUGAUGAAGAGAAAGAAUUGGAAAUAUUGAAAUAAAAAUUUAAAGAAGAAGAGGAUAAGAAAUUUGAAGAAUUAAAAAAAGCUAAAUAAAUUUAAAUUGAUGAAUAAAUUGAAUAAUUUAAAAGAUAAGAAUAAGAAAAAAUAAAUUAAGAAUUAGCUAUUUUAGAAGAAGAAUUAGCUAAAGAAAAAAAAACAAAAUAAACUUUUGAUGAGAAUUAAAUUAGAUAAUAAUAUUAAAAAGAAUUUGAGGAUGAAGAAUAAAGAUUAAAUGAAAAUUUAAAAUAAAAAUUAGAAAUAGAAAAAAUGAAGAUAAAAAAAUAAAUUAAAGAAUAAGAAUCAAAAUAAAGAAAAGAAAUUGAUGAUUAAAUUAAUAAAGAAUUGAGAAUUUUAGAAUAAUAAUUUGAAGUUGAGAAGAAAAGAAAAGAAGAAGAAUUUGAAUUAGAAAAAUAAAAAAUAGAAGAAAAAGCUAAAGAGGAAUUUUAUAGAUAUAAGAAAAAUUUUGAGGAUUCUGCUUAAUAAUAAGAAUUGUAAAUUAGAGAAUUUUUUGAAUAGGAUUAAUUUUCAAAAAAAUAAAAAGAAUAAAGUUUAUUAGAAAAUAUUGAAUAAUUAAAAAAGGAAUUAAAUAUGGUUAAAAAUGAACAUAAUAAAUAUAAAUAAGAAGUAGAAGAAUUAUAAAUUCAAUUAUAAUAAACAAGUUAAUCAAUAGAAUAUGGAUAAAUAAUCAAUAAAUAAAAAUUUGAAUUAAAAUAAUUAACAUAAUAAGAAAAAUAAUUAUUAGAAUAAAUUGCAUAAAAAUAAUAGAAAAUUUAAGAAAUUAAAAAGAAUAUCAAUAAUUUUAAUUAUAAUAGUAAACUUUUUGGGGAAACAAAUUUAUCUUCUUUUGGUUAAUUUGGUGGUUAAAUAGAUAAUUUGAGAAAUAAAAUAUCAAAUAAUAAAUCUCCUUUUGAAAUAGAAGCUGCAAUUGCUCAAUUAAUGAUUUAAAUUAGAUAAUAGAAGGAUCAAUUGUUGGCAGAUUAAAAAAUGGUUUAAAUGGAUUUAGAUAGAUUAAUGAAAUCAAAAUAGGAAAAUUAAGAUUCUUAUUUAGAAAGUAUGAAAAAUACAGGAAAAGCUAAGUUAGAAUAAAUAUAAGAAAAAUUAAGAUAAUUAAGGUAUUGUUAUUAUAUAUAUAUAGUAAAACUGAAUAAUGGGUGAAAGAGAAUUAAUCUGUUUUGAAUCAAUAAUGA